AUGGCUUUGUCCGAGAUACGCGUAGGGAAUGUUCUUGGCUCAAAUAAAAUAGAUUUUCAACAGGGGUCUAGUUACAAUGGAAUUCCAAAAUCAAAUAGUAUGGAAGGGUAUUCUCCUUGGUCCUAUGAACUCACUCCUUCAGACUUUUUGCAGAAUGGAAGAAAUGUUGAUGAUAAUUCCUUAGCUGGAAAUUCAAUAGUUGAUGAUAUUGUAACCAAACUUUUGGAUGAUGAUUGUAAUGAAAUAUCCAAGAAAAAAGAUGGAUUUGAUAAUGUGAUAUACAACUCAGGAGAUGAGCUGUGGUCUAGCAAAAAUAACACUAGAGCUCAUAGUCCUUUUCCAAGUUUGUCCCCUCAGGAUGUAGAUUAUAAAAUGGGCUUAUUAAACAUUGACACACAAUGCAGCACCCCCGUCCAGCCCCCUACGAGUACACAGAGUUUUUCAUUAAAAGAAUCCCCAUAUUUUCUCAACAGUUCCUCAUACUUCCAGACUGACCUCAAUUCAGGUGUUUUUACUGGUGAGACUGAGCUUCCAAAUGAACAACAAAUGUACAAUUAUGUACAAAUGUUGAACAAAGAUAAAUUCAAUUUGAGCCUGGAGGGCCUUCUGCAUUCUGCUCAGCCAGAAUCUCCAUUGACAAUGAGCAACUGUUUUCCGAAUGGUGAUUUUGGCAUCAAGUCAGCCCAUCCUAUUGAAAUGUUCCCUACCAGUCCAAAUCAAUUUUCACCUCUUCCUGGAUUUCCGCGUCCUCUCGCACAACGUACUUCACACUUCAAGAACACACAAAAUUUUAAUGGUGUCAGGGGCCAACUGAUGUAUAACAAUAACAAUCCAUUUGUUGCGAACAAUAACAAGACAGAUGGAGGUUUCCCUCCACCACGAUUAGGUCUGGACCCUCUUCUACUACACUUAAGACCUUCAGAUCACAUCAUUCAUUCUUAUGAUGCUUUUCCUCCAGCACUCUUCCGAUCCUUCAGACGUAGCAGUGGUUCUGCUGAAUUGCAUUCUGUGCUUGAGCAAUGUUACAUCCAGUUUAAGGAACUAGAGAGUGAAAGGAAGAAAACUGAAGCUGAUCUUGCCAGGUACAAUCCAGGCAAGAAGGUGUCUUCUACAAACUCAAUCCCAGUGCCUCGACUUCCUGUGUCACCUACUAGAGUGGACAGGUUGAUUGUUGAUCAGCUAAGAGAACAUGCAAGGAUUCUAACCUUAGCUCAUAAAAUGGAGGCACUUAGAGGGGGUAGAUCUCUUUCUCCAUCGAUUCAUGAUUCAAUAGCCUCUUGGUUAGAUUCCAUCAAACAAGUCCAGAAAUCUAGAAUGGAUGAAAUACUCAAUACUGUCCAAGAUAUGAGCAGGCUGACAAACGCAAUAAAGGCACUGAUGGUUGCUACACGUUGUGCAAGAACACAUAUGUAUUGUGCUCUUAUGUCCACACUUCAUGAAUCAACAACUUACUAG